AUGGUGACUCCCGGUCUAUCCUGCACUUUCACCCUAUUCAAGGGUGCACAAAUGACCAACGUCAACCUUAGUCAAUCUUUGAACCACUAUUACGACGAUGUUACCUUGGAAGAUUGUUUCAAGGAAUGCCACGAGAAGUCAGACUGCAAGGGCUUCGCUUUCAAACAAGAUGUCAGCCUUUGCGGGAUCAUCGUUCCUGGAGAGGACGUGGUAUCACGAUACGAUUUCAUUCAGUGGGAAAUCUACACGUUCGAUCGAAACGUG